GAGACGGCGGCGUGCAGAAGCUUAGUCUCGGGGCAGAGGUGGCUUCGCGCCCUUAGCCCUCCAGGACGGCCCGUUACCUUCUCCGUUGUCCCGAUGGGGAAACUGAGGCCCUGAACCAGAGGCACACGCGGGGGGAGGCAAAAAGCGCGGCCUGAGGCGGAGGGAAAACAAAGGGAGAAUCACGGACAGACAGGGAGGGGGACGGGCACACACACAGACACUGGGACAGAGACCCUAGUAGAGAGCUGGGCCUGGCAUCGGUACUGAGGAGGGGAGACGCGGGUACGCGGGAGAAGAUCGGGAAGCACGAAGUGGGGGGUGGGGUGGGGAGGGGAGACGGGCGGGGGAGGGGGCUGGGGAAAGCCCGAGGGAGGAGGAGAAGGAGGGAGGAACUUCCCAAAGUUGCAAAACAUGGCUACCUUGCCUGCGGAGCCGAGCGCGAGGCCGGCGGCCGGGGGGGAGGCAGUGGUAGCGGCGGCGGCGACCGAAGAGGAGGAGGAGGAAGCGCGCCAGCUCCUGCAGACUUUGCAGGCGGCCGAGGGUGAGGCGGCGGCGGCGGCCGGGGCCGGGGCGGGCGAAACGGCGGUGAAAGUGGAGGGCCCCGGAUCCCCAGGCGUCCCCGGGUCGCCCCCCGAGGCCGCUGCCGAGCCGCCCAUGGGGCUCCGCUUCUCGCCGGAGCAGGUGGCGUGCGUGUGCGAGGCGCUGCUACAGGCAGGCCACGCCGGCCGCUUGAGCCGCUUCCUGGGCGCACUGCCUCCGGCCGAGCGCCUACGUGGCAGCGAUCCUGUGCUGCGCGCUCGGGCCCUGGUUGCCUUCCAGCGAGGCGAGUACGCCGAGCUCUACCGGCUGCUCGAGAGCCGCCCCUUCCCCGCCGCCCACCACGCCUUCCUUCAGGACCUCUACUUGCGCGCGCGCUACCACGAGGCCGAGCGGGCCCGCGGCCGCGCGUUGGGCGCAGUGGACAAGUACCGUCUGCGCAAGAAAUUCCCGCUGCCCAAGACCAUCUGGGACGGCGAGGAGACCGUCUACUGCUUCAAGGAGCGCUCCCGCGCCGCGCUGAAGGCCUGCUAUCGCGGCAACCGCUACCCCACGCCGGACGAGAAGCGCCGCUUGGCCACGCUCACCGGCCUCUCGCUCACGCAAGUCAGCAACUGGUUCAAGAACCGACGACAGCGCGACCGGACCGGGGGCGGCGGCGGCGCGCCCUGCAAGAGCGAGUCUGAUGGAAACCCCACUACUGAGGACGAGUCCAGCCGCAGUCCUGAAGACCUGGAGAGGGGGGCGGCUCCGGCGGCGGCCGAGGGCCCAGCGCCAGGCUCCAUAUUCCUGGCCGGGGCCUCCCCUCCCGCACCGUGCCCUGCCUCCUCCUCCAUCCUGGUGAAUGGGAGCUUCCUGGCGGCCGGCAGCUCUCCAGCAGUGCUCCUCAAUGGGAGCCCCGUCAUCAUCAACAGCCUGGCCCUGGGCGAGGCCUCCGGCCUGGGCCCCCUGCUGCUCACUGGGGGUGCCCCUGCUCCACAGCCCAGCCCCCAAGGGCCCAGCGAAGGCAAGACCUCCCUGGUCCUGGACCCUCAGACUGGAGAGGUUCGACUGGAGGAGGCUCAGCCUGAAGCCCCGGAGACCAAGGGGGCUCAGGUGACUGCUUCAGGGCCCCCUGGAGAGGAGGUCCCGACGCCUCUGCCCCAGGUGGUGCCUGGCCCUCCUACGGCAGCCACCUUUCCACUGCCCCCAGGACCGGUGACUUCCAUGGCUGCUCCCCAAGUGGUGCCGCUUUCCCCACCCCCUGGCUACCCUGCCGGCCUGGGUCCCACCUCCCCACUGUUGAACCUGCCCCAGGUGGUGCCCACCUCACAGGUGGUGACCCUGCCCCAGGCCGUGGGGCCGUUGCAGCUGCUGGCAGCUGGGCCAGGCAGCCCAGUGAAGGUGGCUGGCGCCUCGGGCCCUGCCAAUGUGCACUUGAUAAACUCCGGUGUGGGUGUGACUGCGCUGCAGCUGCCUUCGGCCACUACCCCAGGAAACUUCCUGCUGGCCAACUCCGUGUCUGGCAGCCCCAUCGUGACAGGUGUGGCCGUUCAGCAGGGCAAGAUCAUCCUCACCGCCACUUUCCCCACCAGCAUGCUGGUCUCCCAGGUUCUGCCGCCCGCCCCCAGCCUGGCCCUGCCCCUGAAGCCGGACACAGCCAUCUCGGUGCCCGAAGGAGCCCUCCCGGUGGCCACCAGCCCCGCUCUUCCGGAGGCCCACGCCUUAGGCGCGCUUCCUGUGCAGCAGCCACCCCAGCCGCCCCCCACCCCCGCCACCCCCACCCCAAGUCUGCCCUUCUCCCCAGACUCCUCUGGCCUCCUGCCCGGUUUCCCGGCGCCCCCGACUGAGGGGCUGCUGCUAUCGCCCGCAGCCGUGCCCAUCUGGCCAGCCGGGCUGGAACUGAGCGCCAGCACUGAGGGGCUGCUAGAGGAAGAGAAGGGGCUGGGAACACAGGCCCCCCACACCGUGCUGAGGCUGCCGGACCCUGACCCCGAGGGGCUGCUCCUGGGGGCCACCGCAGGGGGUGAGGUGGACGAGGGGCUGGAAGCCGAGACCAAGGUCCUGACGCAGCUACAGUCAGUGCCUGUGGAAGAGCCCUUGGAACUGUGACCCGCCGGCCCCCAGGCCUCCCCUGACAAUGGUGCUCGAAAUCCAGGCCGGGAGGAGGGGGCCCUCUCAUAAACACAGCGGCUGCCUUCUACUCACACACACUACACCCUCCCUGGCCAGGUGCUCAAUCUCUCCGUGCCCUGGAGGUCCACUCCUCAGACAGGAUGCUGCCUCUGUUACAGCCCUCUCCUUGGUCUACAUGGGGAGAUUUGGGGGUCCUGACUUGGGGGCUCUGCCCCCCUUCGACCUGGUACUAGCUGUGAGCUGAAAGCCCUGCCAAAUGGCUGAAUUUCCCCUGCCCCCUACCCCCAGCCCUCUCCCUAUCACUCCCUGAAACACUAUUAAUAGCUCCACCGAUGUCCAGCGUUCUCAGAACUGCUUGGAAUCCAGGGUGGAGGACGGGCAGUCCUGUGCCUAAAGACUCAUGGACCCUCCCAGCUGGGCUCUUCCUGCCCACAGGUAUGGGGGGUGUGGGCCGGGGUCCUCGGUUAGCACCUCCUGGACUAGAACCCCCGGUACUUUGUCCAGCCCCAGACCAAAGAUACCCAACCACUGGGGCAACCCUGACCCCUAUGUCUAGUUUGUAUCCUAAAUCUUUAUUUUUCUAGGACGUGUUAUGCCUUCAUUUCCAUUAAAAUAAACAGACAACUAGAACCUUC